AACAUUCAUUUCACACAUUCCCAAAGUAAGGCCUAGCUAAGACCAAAAUCUUCACUAGCAAUCCACUGGAUACAAAAUAAUAGUACAAAUAGCCAUGGCUAAGUCACAUGCAUUGGUGGCAACAUUGUUGCUUGUCAUGGUGGUGUCCCUGGCCGCACUAGAGGGUGUUCAUGGCGUAUGUGGCAUGUCGAAUGAUGAAUUCAAGCUUUGCCAGCCUGCGGCGGCAGUGGAUAACCCGACAGAGAAUCCGUCGGCUGAGUGUUGUGCUGCGCUUGGGAAGGCCAAUCUAUCAUGCAUUUGCCGCUACAAAGGUAUCGCUGGCAUAUGGCUGAGAAUGUACCACAUCGACGCAAAGCGCGCCAUGGCUCUGCCCGGCAAGUGCGGUCUCACCAUGCCCAACAACUGCUCAUGAUCAUUGGAUGUACUACCCAUGAGCUGAUGAGCAUCUAGGAGUCGGUUGUUCUACAUCUGCAUCGACACUUAUAUAUGGCUAAAUAAGUGGAGGAGCACUUGAAAAAGCAUUGUGCUACUCGGUCUUAUUGUUGUUGUGUAAUUUGAAAGUGUGAUUAUCCCAUUAAGCUCUUGAUAAAAUAGUAUAUGCAUGUUAUACUAGAAGUGUGAGGAUGGCAAACGUGCCUUGCAUGUUAUCCCGUGAAAUUAAUAUCUUAUAUUGGUGUUGUUCGUGUCAAAA